AUGGACUUGCUGCCACAAGAGCUCCUCGACGGGAUCAUCGAACAACUCGCCGUAUACGACUUCCCCACCAGCGCGCGCUUCCCGAUACUCGACGGUGUAUCGCGACAAGCCAUACUGAAUGCUCGGCUGGUUCGACGCUGUUUUCGAUACUCGAACAUCUUGACGAACCUUUUCAUCGCGGUGAUGGAAGAGACACCAUUCCUGUGGCAUGGCAGCCAAAUGCCAAGGCUUCUCGAGCUGGCCAGAUCAGGAUACGCAGGACGCAUGAGUACUCUGUCUCUCAGUAGCAUGAACCCCAGACCAUCGCAGCAUAAUCUGCUCGUGGGUGCAGCGAGUCAAAGUGUGCGAUCUGGUCGGCCGUUUACAGCGCUGGUACCGAAGGACCUCAUAACCGCAUUGCGACAAUUCGUUCGUGUCAAACACCUCAGAUACUAUCCGAUUUCGCCCAAAUGUUUUCAGGAGGCUCGGCUGAGUGGCACGUCCAGAACCGACGCUGAUCCAAGAGUGCGGUAUGGGUAUUCGCAAGACAACGACAAUCUUAACUCCUGGCUGCGCGGGCAACAUGAGCCUACUCGGAUAUAUGAUGACGCGAUGAGCGACUCUGCGAAAGCGGGCCUGGCUUUAGAAAGCGUGACAUUUCCUCUGUUUGGAAACAGAGCAUCCUAUUGUGGUGUCCAGAUCACAGCCGUCCAAUUCCCUCGAGCGCUGAAGCGUCUUUCCAUCUCGCUGACUGAUCGCUUUCACGACGUUGCCAUUUUCGAGCCCUGGCUUGGCGGUUUGAAACACCUCACGUUUCUAGAAGUGGCCAUAUCGAGGAGUCCAGAAAGCCUUGGGCCAUGGAACUCAUUUGCGAACUGUCGACGGCUGACAAACAUAGAUACACCGGCUGCCAGCGAUCAACUGUUCCGGCUGGAGGAACUGCGCCUGAUGUCAGACAAUCAAAGUUGCUUCAGUGAGCACGACUUGCUCUCAGGCUUGGACAUGUUUCCCAACCUGCGAAAGCUCGGGCUUGCGCAUAUCCUGAUCAAGUCUCAGACGAACAAUGCUGUUUCAUGGAGCAGCUUUGUUAGGCGGAUAUCCCCGAGAGGCUUGCAGCGAUUGUGGCUGUUAGACCCUCGCGACCUUUGGACAGACGGGUAUAUGGGCCGAGCUGGGCAUUACUUGAUGCGGAAGUAUUGGGGUGAUGACAGGGUAAAAGCUGCUGCGCAAGAGGUUCGGCUGGUCGACACGGAAUCGCUAUGGGUAGAGGAUCUGGAACCACCCAAGAGGCGAGACUUUGACUAUCCUGGGUUUGCUGUAUUCGAGCAGCUUUCAGUGUAG